AUGAAGCUGCUUCCACUUCUCAUUGCCUUGCUGUUUGUGGUACUUGCAGAUGGUGCGCAACCCAAAAGAUGUUUUAACAAUGUAUCAGGCUACUGCAGGAAGAGAUGCAAAUUAGGGGAGAUAUCCGAGGUGGGCUGCCUGCAUGCCAAGUACUGUUGCGUUAAUGAGCAGGCUAACAAAAACUACCAAGUCAUCAACCAGCCGGAAAAGCCCAAAAAGAAGUCAAAAGGAGUCCAACACUAUUGGAUCCUGCCCACCGUCACAUACUUUACCAUCAGUAUCUGAAGGAACCACUUGCCCCUGAAGGCCACUGUCCUCUGAAGCCCUGUGGAAUCCAGUGGGCUGCCUCUGACCUACCAC